AUGUUGCAAGACGGUUCCACAGAUAAAGACGGAUGUCGUGCCCAAAAGUUAUCCAUAUUAAAUAAAAUUAAAUGUCUCGAAACAGCCAACAAUAACGCAAAUCGUUUAUUAUUUCCCAUUCAUCACAAAUAUUUGAAAGACAAUCGAAAUUUAAAUAAUAGCAAUUAUAAUAAUAUCGACAAUGUAACAACAGAUGAUGUAGAAAAAAUUAUUUUAAGUGCGUAUGAAACAGCAAAAGUAUUGAUUGAUAAUUUAAAAAUGUGUAAAUUAUUAAAGCAAAAUAAAAUUUAUACAUUAAAACGGUUGUCCACAUAUAUAUCGAAUAGUGUACGAUCAUCAAGCAAUGUAACUGAUAACACAAUGAUUGAUGAUGACGUUGACAAUGAAUUAGACACAAGCAGUAGUAGUGGAAACGAAGACAAUGAUUAUUAUGGUGAGGAUAAUGAAAGUGAAAAUAUUUCUGAGGGUGAAGAUGAUGACAAAAUACCACUGGAUCAUUUUGCGCAAGUAAGAAAUACAACAUUCUCAGGUACACAAUCAGAUGUUGAAAAAACAGCGCUGAUAAUUAAUAAGGCACAAAAUACCGACGUUGAAUCAGAUCUUGAUAUUGCUCUAUCGCAACAAUCACGUGAAACAGCAACUGUUAAAAAACAAAAUCAGGUGGCAUCAAUUCCACUGAAACAACAAUCUGGUCAAUGUGCUCCUGAAGGUUGA